UUAAAAUAUAUAUAUUUUUAAAUUAUUUGUAAUAUAACAAAAAAUUCAUAUCUUUUUCAGUGGCUUGUAAAACAAGGUAAAUCUAUUCCAUGACCACACUUUUAUCUCAAAACACAAUCAAAAAUUGUUUUUCAGACAACUAAAAAUUACACUAAACAACAGAUGCACACAAAGAAAACCGAGUAAGACUCGUGCCAUUACUGAAGCAGGGUAAUACCAACUGGUGGUGCACUGCAAGGAAAUUUAUGUGAAUUGACAGCAGCGAGAAAUGAGGUUUUUCUGCCCUCACCUAUCUCAGUUUUUGCCCUCGACACAGACACGCACAUACACAGAAAAUAAAACACAGUCAAGUGAUGGCUUGUAUCCUGAAAAGCCUUUGAUGUAAGUAAAGGUACUUGUAUCUCAAGACAUCGCCGCACCAGAUAGUAUUUAUGAUUUCAGAACUGUCUUGAGAAUAAUUAUAAAAAAAUUAAAAUAAAAAUCCUGGCUUUGUGUCUAAAGAGAUCCCGAAAAUCCCUAGCCUUAUUUAGAAAAAAAGGUGAAACAAAAACACACAAAAAUAACUUUCUAUAUUUAAAUAAUACAACAAGGAUAAGUAACUGCGGUCUAUUUCAUCAUCGAUUUAUCUUCUGAUAAAGCCUUCAUUAAAAAUCAGGACAUUAUUUGAAAAUGACAGAAAAAAUGCACAAACAAGACUUGUGAUUCAGUUGCUGGUAAUGGCUCAUAACAUGUCAGAAAAUUGUCAAGAUUUGUUUAUUUUCCAAAAUAAAAGCAGAUGGUUGCAAUUGUCUGCUUUUAUGGUGGACAACAGAAAUUGCUGACUAAAUUCGGUUGAUAUGUUAAAGUUGUCAAAAAAAUUGCUAAAUACAGCCCCAUUCCUGAAAGAUAUUGACUUUACUUUCAAUUUACAAAAAGUUAUGUUUUUUAUUUUAUUUCAUUCAACUGGGGGCAACCGUUUUCCUUUGAAAUAUUUGCGCAUGUGAUCACUUUAGAUCAGAAAUCAAAUUUAAAUAACAAAUUGUGAUAACCUGCAUCAGGAUUCUUUUCUCAAGUGUUUUUAUAACUAGGCAUUACCAGUGAUGAUAACCUAGCUGUCCCUGUAGUGACCACUGUCCCUGAAAGGGUCAAUUUUUUAAAUAUACUGUUUGCGUGACAAAACAGCGUGUCUUUUAGCGGAAUUGGUGAGCUGGCCCUUUUUUUUCCCUUUCUUGGAAAAUUGUCAUUUUGACACUACCAAACCACAAAAAACCCCACCCACACACUUCCUCUGAAAUAUGAAACGUGUUCUCUGGAUCUCACUCUUCAGCUAAUACUAUGCACGUAUUUUAUUUAAAAAGAAAUUAACAACAACAAACAAACAAGGCAAGGCAAGGCAAAUUUAUUUAUAUAGCACAUAUCAACACAAGGCAAUUCAAAGUGCUUUACAUCACAUGAAGAUCAUAAAAAUCACAUUUAAAUCAACACAACGUAAAAACCAAGACGAAAGAUUGCAUUUAAUCACAGAAUAAAAAAUAAAUAAAUAAAAAUAAAACAAAAAUAAAAAUAAAACAAAAACUACUACUACUAAUAAUAAUUGAAAUCAGCAAUGGAGAUAAGCACAAGAGGAAUAGAAAGCAGGUAGACUGAAAUAUAUAGACAGUUAUGGAUAUGCAGUGCUAAACAAAAGCGUUUUUAGCCCUGAUUUAAAAGACAACAAACAAACAAACAAUAAAACACUUUUGCGGGACUGUGCCAGUCCCUAUAAAAACAAUCUAACAUUUUACACUCACUGGCCAAAACCUUAGCUUUUAAGUAGAAAUUGACAUCAUAUUUUUAAAAAAAUCUUCUGUACAUUUUAUCCCAUUGCUACCAACCAGAUCUGGAUUACGUGAAUAACAAACGUCACUAAACUUGCACCACAAAUUUGAGUUGUUGUUGGUGCGGAGACCGUAGAUGCGAAGAUUGACAACAGAUCUCAGAUAACUCAUUGCUGUUCGCGACGGAAAUUCUUAUUCUUUCAUAAAUUGGCCAGUGAAUGGAAGAUGCUUGUCACAAAGCAUGAACUCAUUGCCUGCCAUUGUUGGUAAUAAGCGUCCAAUCCAUUGCGUUUUGAAUGAUCACUGCCAACUCCCAGUCAAAACGGAUAAGAUGUCUGUUGCCAUUAAUGGCAGCCAAUGAGUUAAUUCAGGAUAAGUGAUGUUCAGUUUGUACAGAAAGUUUUUUGUUUUUUUAAAAUAAACCACUAGUGAUAACUUGUUUUGAGUCCAAACACUCCUGAAGUGUACUGUAAAUAUUGUAAAACCCCUUAGGCUGCUAAUUUACUGGUUUGAAUGGAGUUGAUACCAUUACAAGUAAAUGUGAAUAAAGGGUUUCCAGGUGGUUUACUGUUGUCAUGUUUAAGGACGGCAAGAUCUGUUGUUUGCAUAUCAGCACUUCCUCUUUUAAAAACCAUGAGACGGUUUGUAGUCGUGCUUGUUUCUCUGCUGAGUAUACCCCAAAUGCAAGUUGCGAAAUCGCUUGGUGUCAUCUUUCAGAAGAUUGUAGUCUGUGGUUCCGUGAUGUGUAUGUCACUACACGCAUUGCCAAUGCCCACGAGCUUCAGACCGACAGAUGGGGUCUGAAGCAGAAACCAAGUAUGCGAAGCUGGGAACAGACAUUCAUUUGGCCAUCAACACACCUUUCACGUUAAUAAAUAAGGACCAACUCUACUGGAAGUUCAACAAAACGGUCAACAUUUUAAAAACGCAGAAAAACAAAAAAGAUAUAGAAAUAUAUGAUGACUACAAGGAAAGAGUUGUGUUAUAUUUAAACAACUCCUUGUUAUUAAGAAAUGUACAAAUGAACGACAGUGGGCGUUAUACAGCAGUGCAUUCGACCAGAUCAGACAAGACUGUGAGUGAAUACAACCUUCGCGUUCAAGCCCCGGUAUCGCCUGUCAAGAUGAAGGUGGCAUCGGUGUGGGUUGACUCAGUUUCCUGUAACGUGACAGUAACGUGCAGUGCUGACAAAACACACUUAAAUGCCACUUUUGAAUGCCACCAUGAUGUCUGCAAAAAAGAUGAAUGGGAGCUACCCAAUGACCCUGAACAUUUGAGGGCCUUCGUCUCCAAUACCUCUAUCGUGUGCCAACACGGAAACAAGGUCAGCGAGAGGCAGGAGGAAAAGGAAGUUCAACAAGUUUGUAGUCAAACUGGCCCAUCAAAUGGAUUGUCAACAGCCACAUGGGUCGGUAUAUCAGUAGCUUUGGUCUUGGCUUUGCUUGGUAUUGGUUUAAUGGUCUCGUGGAUUAUUUUAAAAAGAAGAUUGACCACCAGGCAGACAGGAAUUGAGGAUUUUCAGAUAAAUGAUGUCCAAAAUGUUGAUGCCAAUCCUAUAUAUGAUGAAGCCAGCUCUUUGCCGAACUCCAUCUACUCUUUGGUGACUCAUCACACAGGACCAAGGCAGACAAGCUGCACUUUAGUUCCUAAACCUCCACCGGAAGUGACCGCUAUGGAAGACUCGGAACAAAGCAGAAACCCAUUGUUAGCACUGUAACCAGGGGUGAAAGUGGCUAGAAUUUUUUGCCGGAACUCCCUGACGUGAAGGUCACCACGGAGCCAGAAAUUUUAUUCAUUUCUUUUUUCUUCUUUUUUUUGGA